AUUCUUUCUUGGUGAAAGUCGCUACCUAGCUUAUGGUUCUAUAUAAGUUCACAUCGCAUUUUACGCAACACCUUCGAUGCGAUGGAUAGAGACUAGAAAAUAAUUGUUCUCGCCGAAGGCCAUGUCCACACGGCGGAUGCUCCCCGAGAGGCUGAAGACUAUUUCUACUCCCACAAACCUGACUGAUGGACCCGAUACACCAUGGACAGCUAUCGGGCCUGGAAAAGAGCAUUUAGCCCAGGAACUGGAGAAAUUGUACUGGGAAGGAGCGCGCCAGGAGCUCGAAAAUAUACUUCGCACAUUGAGAAUCUGGCAACGACCUGAGUAUGCAGGCGUUGCACUUGAAGAGGAUAAGAAUGAGACCAUCCAGGGUUAUGAUAAUUUCCUCGAUCAGGUCAACCAGCAAGCUAGGGCUUUCGCAAUUAGAUAUAGGGAGGAAAUGGGAAAGUUCGAAGGCAAUACGACAGGUCGGGAUAGCGACGAUGUAGUUCGAGUGGUUGCCCUCGACGCAAUCGCUGAACACAGUAGCGCCAAAGUGAAAGCUGAAGUCCGACGGAAUUUAACCACAAUCCCAAAGCUAUCCGGUUCACACCAUUUAGCGUGGAUGUUAAUGCAAACAGCCGGGUUUCUUGAUAUCGAUAUGCUUAUUGAGCAUCGAUCAAUGUGGGAUAAAUCGGAAAAACGUCCAGGAAUACCGCAAUUGCGGGUGCGAUCAUCAUCCAAAGAACCGGAAUUCCAGUCACUCAAGUGUAGAAAAUGCAAAAACCCCAUCACAAGUAGCAUCUUUGCUAGCUCGCAUGAUCCUGAUCAUUCCAGCAUCUGCGAGCAAUGCUAUUGGCUCCACCACUACGGAGACAACUCUUACAGCAAAAUAUAUAAACACGCUGUAGUAGCAGAUAGCUUGGCGAAGGUGACAUCUUGCAAUUGUAAAGAGUCUGUCCCUUCUUCGUCUGGAGUUGUCAUCAACGAAAGACGUCAUUGGAAUCUUGAAUCCGGUCAUUCAUGCCAUAUUGCGCAAAUUCAGCAUCGCAUUGCCCAAGCAAAGUACGAUGCCGUUCUUACGACAAUAGGGAAGACUCCACCUAAGCAAUCACUGUCAUCUGUCUCGCGCAUGCUUAGUCGACUAAAAAGGCAGUCAAAGUCCGAAACGACAUCCGUGGGAGAUAGAAAAGUCUCAUCCGAGCUCAGCCUAGAUGUUUCCGUUGCCAGAUGCAUGGCAGACGAGGACGUACCGCUAUUCUUCCGUCAGUGUGUCGAGAAGAAUCCGUUCGGCUAUAUGCAUACCGCAUUACGUGUUGGGACCGUUGUGAUAGAAAACGGAGUAUCCAAGACCCAUGCUGGGGCUCUUAUCUCUCUACGAGACCCUCCCGUCUAUCAUGAACGCUUCCCAGGCAGAGUUGCUGACCCAAUACGGCCCCGCCGACACGCUCUUUGUAUUGGUACAGACUCUGCAAGGGUGUUGUGGGAGCAUAAACGCCCAAUUGAGACCCCCAGGCAUCAUAAGUUCAUGAUGAAACAGAUUGUUGGGGCACCAUUCUCUGGCAUUCUGUCUGAGAAGUCGCUGGAAGGGAAACUGGAACUCGAAAUCAUCAAACUCCUCGUUGUUGCCAGCGGGGAAGUGUCUGAUGACCCUAAAUUCACAGUAGCAAUGCAACAGAAGAAGCUCGCCGAGGUGUUGGACCCAAUUUUCAAUAGGCUCAAGGGCCUUCUGGCAACUCGUGUCAAAGUCUACCUCAAUAGCAUCACACAGCAGCUUCUCGACCCUGACAUGCCGGUCACCUGGAAUCCAAUCCGCAAUAAUUGCUUGAGCUUCUGCUCCUCUCUCCUUGAUCCAGCCAUCUUUGAGCCCCUGGUCAAUGGGCCGUCACAUGCCAUCCCUGGGGUGGCAUCCCCAUUAUACCUCAUGAGCUUCCUUUGUGCGACAAUCCAGGAAUAUCCAAAGCAUCGCGUGAUGAGUAAAUUCGAUGUCCCUCACAGUCAUACAGAAGAAUACCUCCACCGAUUCUAUUUCGGUCGACACAAAGAUUCAGAUAUCAUUGACGUCCUGCAGGAAUACUGGUAUGACUGGGGCGCCUUUAGGGAUGGCCCAUUAUACGAGUAUCAGAAGGUCUUCCCAUGGGACUGUUCAGAAGCCUAUAAGCGCUGCCCUAUACAGUGUGGCGAAUGUAGUAUCGCCAAACAUGUCUGGGCGUUUCCAUUUGACGCCUGGUCCAUGAUUGCGCUCCAUCUUCAAAGGGAUGAACAUCUUUACCCCAAGCCAUUGUUUCAAGACGGAAGUGGUAAUAAUACGCAAGUGGAGUGGGUUAAAUCCCGCUACCACAUUCUGACGGCUUCUUCUGUCCUCAACCGCGUCGCAACAGCAAUGGCCCAAUCCCCGCGCUUUUGCAAGACAACCGCCUGGCUCCACCACAGUCACAAGGGCUUGCGACGCAUCGACCCAUCCCUCACCCGCGCCAAACUCGGUGGCAUCCAUCGCGCUCAACCGUUCAGUCAUUACUUCGAGGCCGGAACGUCCGAUUACUUCUUCAUCGCCCAGUGGGCAAUGAUGGAAAGGCAGGAGCAGAGGGAGUACUAUGAAACCUUCCGGAACGCACGUAUGCAGCUCACGGGCGUACCACGACAGAUUUCUUUAAACCCCAAGUUCACGACUACGACAGAGAAAUCGAAGUCUUUGGUCUACUCCAGGUUCCGGGGAAGACGUGAAGAGGACCAUGCUACCACAAGAUCAGCAGACAAUUAUUAUCCGUAUUAUUUUGCAACACUGGACCCGAACUUUAACUCAGAUUACCAGUGUGCGGAUGGGCAGUUCCAUAAUGUGGAUAACAGCGCUGGCGAUGAUGAUGCGUCCAAGGGCUCGGUGCAUAACUGUGGCUCUGGUUGUGGGUCUAGAAGUCAGUAUGCAGCGCUUGCACCGUACUCUGGUGGACGGGGAGGGGGUGGAGGAGGCCAUAGCAGCUAUGUGGGCUGCAACUGUGGGAGCAGUAGCACGGCUUGCGGGGGCGGCGGCGGUGGAGGAAGCAGUUCCGCUUGUGGUGGAGGGGGCAGCGGAGGAGGCAGCGGAGGAGGUGGUGGUAGUGGCGGUGGUUGCUGA